UAAGGGUAGACAGCCCCGGAAUGAGAGACCGUGGAUCCUACAGUGCAGUGUGCUUCAGAAUGGAUAUGGAGAAAAUGUAACGACGCGGCCGCUAGUCUCCUAUCUCUGUCUAACCGCUCCUCGAGAAUAAUGAUAUGAAGACAAUUAAUACAUAUUAUUGGACCUGAUUGGAGAACAACAACAACAACAACAGCAAUAUCAACAAACAACAGAGCAAGGAUUGGCUCCCAGACAUCAGCGUAGCGCCAUGCAGUGAGUCGGACAUCGAGGCGGGUUGGCAUGGUGAUGGCCCAGUGAUGAACGGAGCUGCAGUGCCCGGCAGCCCGGAGUUCUCCUCCUCAUGCCCGCUGCCCGACUGGAGAGAGUUCUGCGAGCUUCAUGCCCGUGCCUCCGCCUCCGACUUUGCCCACAAGUUCCGUCGCUUCCUGACGGAGAACCCGUGCUACGACUCCCCGGGCGCCGACAGCAGCUUCUCGCAGCACUUCGCCAGACACUUCCUGGAGUGUUUCUCUGCUGCUGUCACCCAGGCCAGGGACCACCAGGCCUCGCUCUUACCAGGGGACGACGGCUCCAACGCUCCCCCCAAAUACAGCAUUGUUCCCUUCCUGGGCAUCCAGGGCUGCCUUCUGCCCUACGGACACAACGACCUCUACCAGCGGCGCAAGGACGCCGGUGCCUCCAGCGAGUCCCUGGACAGUAUGGACAGUGGAGGUUUAGGAGUAGAAGGGAUAGGAGGAGGUAGUUCCUCCUCUAUGGCCACCUCCCGCACCCCUCAGCCCUCCCACAAACCCUCUGCUCUGGGCCAGUCACGCAGCUCAGAGGACGUGUCAGUGGGACACCCCAAGGCCCGCUUCAAGAAGGGAUUCUCUCUGAGGAACAUGAGUCUGUGUGUGGUGGGCGGGGUAAAGGAGAUCUGGCACCGCCACGCCUCCCCUGAACCAGACCCCGUAGUGGGGUCCGGAGGGGUCAGACGGGUCAACGGAGGAGGGGAGCCAGGUGGGGACAGAUGGUCCCAGAGACUGCGUCUUCCCAGGGGGUCUCAGGGGCACAAGGCUGAGCUGCUGGAGAUCCAGAGAGAGGGGGCUCUGCGUUACAUGGUAGCUGAUGAUACUAACUGUAUAGGGGUGCCUCAGUGGCAGAAGUGUAGGUUGCUGCUGAGGAAGACCAGGAGGGACGAAGGGGGUGACAAGUUCCUGUUGGAAUUCUAUGUGCCACCCAAGUCAUCAAAGCCCAAGGUGAGCAUCCCUCUGUCUGCCAUCGUGGAGGUGAGGACCACCAUGCCCCUGGAGAUGCCUGACAGAGACAACACCUUCGUCCUGAAGGUAAGGGUGGAAAAUGGAGGUGAAUAUAUCCUGGAGACCAUCGACUCGCUGCAGAAAAACUCCUGGGUGUCUGACAUCCAGGACUGCAUGGACCCUGGGGACAGUGGAGAUGACAUUGAGCUGGCGUCAUGUCCCAACGGCCAGGCGUCUAAAGAGUUCUCCAUGGUGGCCUCCUGCAGCUGUGAGCUUCUGUCAGAGGGUGUCCAUCGUGUCCCUGACAGAUCCUGUGGCUCAGCAGCAGCUCUGUAUAGCGCCCCCUCUGUCCACUGCAGAGAACUACCCUUCACCCAGCACCCUUCCCAUGUCCCCCUGGGGCGUUUCCUCCAGUGCCCAGAGGCCCAGGGGAAAAGCCCCGCCCCAGGGGUUUCAGGUGAGGUAGCAACCGAGGCGGAGGCUGACCCCAGCCUGGCAACCUACCCAUGGUUCCACGGGACGUUGUCACGUGUACGGGCGGCCCAACUGGUGCUGGCGGGCGGCGCUAGGAGCCACGGGCUUUUUGUGAUUCGCCAAAGCGAGACGCGGCCGGGGGAGUACGUCCUCACCUUUAAUUUCCAGGGCAAAGCUAAGCACCUGCGUCUGUCGGUGAAUGGUAACGGUCAGUGUCAUGUUCAUCAUCUGUGGUUCCACACCGUGUCAGAUAUGCUCAGGCACUUCCAUGCCCACCCCAUCCCUCUGGAGUCGGGGGGCUCCGCUGACAUCACACUGCGUUCCUACGUACAAGUACAGGGUACCCCCACAGACAGAUAUCCCGUCUCUCUCUAUUGCUCUCACACAGAUGUGACCGUGCCUCAGCUCCCAACCCCACCCAGGGACCAAGGCUGCCGUACUGACCCAGCCCAGCCAACCCUUCAUCUCCCCGGGGUCUCACAGCCAGCAGGGCCCCCCUCCGACACUCAGCUCUCCUCCAGCUCCUCAUCCUCACCAACCGCUCUUCCUUCCCUCUCCCGUGGUGAGCCAGGCAGCGGAGGAGGAGGAGGAGGAGAAGAAGGAGGAGGAGGAGGAGGAGGCGAGGGGCUGGUUAGCAGGAGCAACAGCUCAGAACGUCUGUUAGAUCCCUCUAGUGGUGCCUCGGAGGACUACCAGGAGACAGACGGAACACGCAGGGCCAGAGCUGUGGAGAACCAGUACUCCUUCUACUGAAACUGGGCACAACCAAUCCCGGGAGCUCUCAUUGGCUGAGACACAGGAAGUGCAGGAAUUUGGACCCAAUAGGUGAAAGGCCAUGGAUGGCUGGCGAGUGCUGUGUGUGGAUGGACAUGUUUCUCCAAUGUGUUUCUCCAAUGUGACAAGGAAGUAUUAGACUGUAUGCCAGUCUGUUGGCUCUUUGGCCACCCUCAUCAUCAGCUGAUAUUUAAAUAUAUCCCUAAGAACACCACUUCCUGUCCUCCCCACCCACAGUUCCCUAAGAACACCACUUCCUGUCCAACCUACCCACAGUUCCCUAAGAACACCACUUCCUGUCCUCCCUACCCACAGUUCCCUAAGAACACCACUUCCUGUCCUACCUACCCACAGUUUCCUAAGAACACCACUUCCUGUCCUCCCCACCCACAGUUCCCUAAGAACACCACUUCCUGUUCUCCCUACCCACAGUUCCCUAAGAACACCACUUCCUGUCCUCCCUACCCACAGUUCCCUAAGAACACCACUUCCUGUCCUCCCUACCCACAGUUCCCUAAGAACACCACUUCCUGUCCUACCUACCCACAGUUUCCUAAGAACACCACUUCCUGUCCUCCCCACCCACAGUUCCCUAAGAACACCACUUCCUGUUCUCCCUACCCACAGUUCCCUAAGAACACCACUUCCUGUCCUCCCUACCCACAGUUCCCUAAGAACACCACUUCCUGUCCUCCCUACCCACAGUUCCCUAAGAACACCACUUCCUGUCCCCCUACCCACAGUUCCCUAAGAACACCACUUCCUGUCCCCCUACCCACAUUUCCCUAAGAACACCACUUCCUGUCCUCCCUAUCCACAGUUCCCUAAGAACACCACUUUCUGUCCUCCCUACCCACAGUUCCCUAAGAACACCACUUUCUGUCCUCCCUACCCACAGUUCCCUAAGAACACCACUUCCUGUCCUCCCUACCCACAGUUCCCUAAGAACACCACUUCCUGUCCUACCUACCCACAGUUUCCUAAGAACACCACUUCCUGUCCUCCCCACCCACAGUUCCCUAAGAACACCACUUCCUGUUCUCCCUACCCACAGUUCCCUAAGAACACCACUUCCUGUCCCCCCUACCCACAUUUCCCUAAGAACACCACUUCCUGUCCUCCCUAUCCACAGUUCCCUAAGAACACCACUUCCUGUCCCCCCCUACCCACAGUUCCUAAGAACACCACUUCCUGUCCUUCCUACCCACAGUUCCCUAAGAACACCACCCUGUCCCCCCUACCCACAGUUCCCUAAGAACACCACCCUGUCCUCCCUACCCACAGUUCCCUAAGAACAAAGCCUCUGUCAACCCCCCUGCUAAGUGAUCAAGAGGUGAAG